UUAACCUGACUGUUAGAGUUGUACUUUAAAACAGCACAGCAGGCAGAGCACUCACUCGCACCCAACUGGGAAACCAGAACUGGUACACUAAGAGGACACGACUGCAACUCAGGACGUUGCUGGUGGAUCUUUGUAUACCGUACCUGCCUGUGAUUUCCAAGUCAUCUACUAACAGAGAAGAAUAUCUCAAGCAAGUGCUUCCCAGUGAGUUAGACUUUGUGAAGAGAGCAGUAGCACUAGCAAGAGCAUUGGACUGGGCAAGAUGGACACUGGCCCAGCGCUGGCAGUGGCAGGCGAGGGUUCUCCAGAAGGUGAGACGGUAUGUGCUACCUUGGCACGUUACGAGACCACACUGCACGAUGCUGUGCGAGAGAUCCAUGUGGACGUCAGUGCUUUCAAGAUGGGUGUAGAGCGACGCCUAGAAGAAGCUCUGCACAUGAGCGGCCCUCUCGGCAAAGCCGUGGCCCAGUUGCAGCAGGAGAACCGGCAGCUUCGUAGCCAGCUGGAGGCCCUUACACGCCAGGUGGAGAUGCUGACAGGCACAGUGUGUGACAGGAGUGCACUGCUGGGUUCAGGGUCGAUACCAACCCGCUCCCAAAGUAGCACAGCAGCAACCCAUUCACCCCUUUCACCCAGCAGUGCGACUACCCCCAGUGGCUUGGCCUCCAGCCCCAUUGCCACACGCUUUUCCAGCAGAGCGACCUUCUCUGUCAGCAGCAAGACCAAUAGUAUCGAGCGGGAAGAGCCUAUCGAGGUGGAUCCGGCUCCGGCCCUGUCUAAACUGGCGAAUGGACACACAUUUAUACCAGAAAACUCUGCUGCGCCUGCAAGAGACAUUUCUCCGCCUGGUGGUGUGACACAGCAAAACUCUUCAGCUGUACGUAUGGCAAUGCCGCACUUGCCAAUAACUGCCACUACCAAGAUAGCUGAAUCUUCUGGCCUGAAGAGCCCUGAAUCACCAAGCAGCCCGAUGCAGACACUGCCAACUGUAACAGACACUCAGCCCAACAGCCAACCAGCCUCCAAUAACAGUGAGACACAACCUGAAUCACCCGUUCACGCAGUGUCUUCUGUGAAAACAUGGACUCCAAGUCCAAUAAGGGCAACGAGCUAUUCAGGCAUCAAUGAAAAGCUGUCUUCUUCUCUGCCUUCAAAAUCUGUGGCCUAUUCAGGCUAUUCUGCACUCAACCAGCACAAUACAGAAAGGAAGGCAGAUAUUGCAGGAGAGCUGUCCUUCGGCAGGGGCGUGGAUCGCAGACGAGAGCUCAUGAGGUCACAAACUCUCCCUCGCAACAUUGGGGCCCAGGCACGCAAGUCCAUUUUUGAGCGACUGGAUUCUGAGAAUAACAGUCAACCCAAACCCGUGGACUCUAAACCCAAGCUGAAGCGUUCACAGAGCUUUGGUGUGUCCAGUGCAAGCAGCAUUAAACAAAUUCUUUUAGAGUGGUGUCGCUCCAAAACUAUUGGAUAUCAGAACAUCGACAUCCAGAACUUUUCAUCUAGUUGGAGUGACGGCAUGGCUUUCUGCGCCUUAGUCCACUCAUUCUUCCCCACUGAGUUCGACUACAAUGCCUUGUCCCCUGCUGAACGCAAACACAACUUCGAGAUGGCCUUCAGCACUGCAGAGAAGAACGCUGGUUGUGACAGACUCAUUGAGGUGGAGGACAUGAUGGUGAUGGGCAGGAAACCUGACCCCAUGUGUGUCUUCACCUACGUUCAGUCACUCUAUAACCACCUGCGCAAGUUUGAAUAAACCACCUCAUCAUGUUUAA